AUGGUCGUGGACAGCGGUGCCACGCAUACCAGCGCGGUACCGGUUCACGAUGGUUACGUUAUCACCCAAGGGAUCGUUAAAAGUCCUUUAGGAGGCGACUUUAUCACCAUGCAGUGUAGACAAUUCUUCGAGGAGAAGGAUAUCGAAUUGAUACCGGCUUGUCUCGUCGCUAGCAAAGACGUAGUGCGAGAGAGAGAUCCACCACGCUGGACGAGACGAGCCGGAUUCCAACCGACGUCUUCCUGGCUGAGCUACAUGGUUCGAGAGAUCUUGCAGGACUUUCAGAUGAACUGCCUGCAAGUGUCGGACAGUCCGUACGACGAAGAUAUAGCAAAUACUCUACCCAUGAAGCAUUACGAAUUUCCGACCGGAUACAACGACGAUUUCGGAUCCGUGAGGCUCAUGAUACCCGAGGCCCUUUUCGAUCCCAGCAACGUUAAGGGUGUGGGCGCGAGUAUCUUAGGGAUCGGGCCUCUCGUCACCACGAGUGUCGGGAUGUGCGACAUGGACAUUAGACCAAGCUUGUAUGGCAGCGUAGUGGUGACCGGUGGCAACUCGUGUCUUCAGGGUUUCGGCGAGAGACUGAAUCGGGAUUUGGCCAGCAAGACCCCGCCAAGUAUGAGACUGAAAAUAAUUAGCGCGAACAGCUCGAGUGAGCGUCGUUAUGGUGCUUGGAUCGGCGGCUCGAUCCUCAGCUCUUUGGGUUCCUUCCAGCAAAUGUGGCUGUCGCGUCAAGAGUACGAAGAAUCAGGCAAGCUCAUUUUGGAAAGAUGCGCAUAAUUCAAUAAUGGAGAAAAUCUUGGUAUAAGAACUGAAAUUUUGCAAAUCAAUUAUUUUUGUUGUUUCUAAUCUAAUGGAUAAUAAUUUUUAUAAUUAAUGCAAAAAUUUUCAAAGACACACUUAAAAGAUGUUUGAGCAGAAAAUUAGUACAUUGUUUAGAUGUCUGCAACAUUUUUUGUGUGUAACACAUUUGUGUUAUAUCUGGAUAAUUAUUAGAUAUUAAUAUAUGAAAAAUAUAUUUAUUUUAUUUUAUUAUAUAUAUUAAUAUAUAAUAAAAAAAGAUAGGCUUCGCGAUUUUUAGUUCAAUUAUAUCGAUAUAAAUUAUAAAUAUCAAUCAAAUAAAUCUUAUUUUAAAAGCGUUUUAUAUAACAAUCGAUGUAAUGGCGACGGUGUAACGUAAGCCGUCCUCGUGAGCAACAAUUAUCAAACGCAUUCUGAAACGCCUAAGAGUUUAAGGAUUCUACAAAAGCCUAAAUAAUGUGCGAAGAAUUUUUCUCGGGAGAUAAUUUUUCACGAUAAAACUUUUUAUAGAAUGCGUUUCGAAGCAACUGUACGUACUUCUGAUUAAAGGAAGUGCGAUUAAUCAAAAACAUCUUGUGUAACGCGAGUAAAAGCAAUGUUUAAUCGGCAACUCGCUUUUAGACAGCUUUAGUGUUAGAUAGGGAAGUAUAAAUGUAAAACGCGCGGCUUAUAAGGAUACAGUUCCUAAUUGCUCCAAGAAUCUUCCAUGUACAUCGUAUAUUUUAGGAGAGAACGAUCACACUUUUUCCGUCAAAGUCAUUUCGCAAACAUAUAAAUGAAUGUACGCGAUGUAGACUAUUUUGUAAUAGAUCGUCAUUAGACAUAUUUAUUUCACUGUGAGAGUAAAAUACUCGCUUUACAGACAAUAGUAAUGUCCGUUAUCGCGGAUAUUCUCGCUCUAAUAAGUUAUCCUUAAAAAAAAAAAAAA